GCCAGGUUGUUGUUAUGGUGACGGAACCCUGAUUUUGAACUCAGUAAACAACAACACUCAGAAAGCAGUUAAAAUGUGUGGAUUUGGAGCUGCUCUGCUCCUUUUAGGAUCACUUUUUCGUGCAGGUUUAAGCUGCUAUCAGUGCUUCAUCGAUCCGGACGAGAGUGCGAGACUGUGCUGGGGUCUGAUCGUCACCGAGCACAGCACCCGCAGCGCAGACGCCUGCUACACAAUGCUGGACAGGAUUUUCAACAAGGAGCAAAAAGUCAUCGAUGCAGCUAAAGUUGGGAGAGGUUCUGACGCUGUGCUGAAGGAGAUCUUGAGGGGUGAAGUCAUGCCCAUUAUUGAACAGUUUGACCAGAAGAUGAAUAAUGACACGGUGUACGAGGCAGAGCUACAGGCGGCUGCAGACAAAUUCAUCACCAUGGCCUACGGUCUGCCCAGAGCGUCUGGAUGCUUCCCUCCCUGCGGUUUCCAGGCUCUAGGUGCCGUCUACAACUGCUUGACCUGUCAGUAUGACACUUGUGAAUUCCCUCUGGAUUGCCCUCCUCAGGAGAUCACUGUGGAGGAAAACAACAGGACUCAGAUGUGGUGCAAAGUGCCAUUUCUCUUGCCGAGUGACUUCCAGAUAGUCUGGAGGUAUACAGAGGUGAAAACAGUGUGGCUGGAUCGAUUUAAGGAGGUGACGGUUGGCGUGGACAAGCUCUACUCGAUACCUUCAGCUCGGCCAGAGCACUCAGGAACAUAUCAGUGUGAGAUCUUCUCUGAGGAACACUCUCUGGUUCGCAUCUACUUUCAUCUUAAAGUGGUUCCUGGUGUAUCGCAGGGUCAUGCAGAGCUGCAGGAUGUGUUUGACCAGGCUCUCCUGCCUGCCGGUCAGUUCCCUCUAAAGCUGCCUCGGCCCCCGUUCGCUCUGGUGCGGCUCCCCGGGCCGGAACUCCUCACAGUCUGCCUGACUUCACUCCUCCUGCUCCUCUUCCUCACUCUGGGGGUGCUGGUUUGGACUUUUUACAAGAGAAAAAUCCACGUUCCUGCUCCAGAACUGGAAUCCCACAGGAAGAGAUGUGUAUUUCGGACUGCUUGACCACAAAUGAGUUACCAAAAAUUGUUCCAUCUUUAUUCGGCAAUGCUUUGGUUUUCCUCUAGAGGUCACCACAGCCACUUACAUGAAGAAGAAGAACAGAACAGAUUAACAGAGUGUCCAGAAAUUAUAUAUGGUGUAAUGUGGUCCAGAACAGAGGGGUUGUCAGGAUGUUGGGGUCAUACAAACAGAACAACAUGUAUUAGAUGCUGUAUGUAAUUUAUUUUUUUAUUAAAUAUUAAUAUAUACUGUCUGUAACAGCAGUCUGCAGCUAUGAUGCAUCAAUAGAAAUUGAAAUAUUACUAUUUUUUUUCAUAAAAAAGAAAGUGUGUACUAAUACUUCAUUACCUUAA